AUGGAGCCCGCAAAUCCAAUCGACAUUACCUCGCCCCGCGAAGCGGACUUGACAGACAACAACAUCCAACGUCUCCUGCUCGAGGCCGAAAAUAGACUGCGGACACAAAAUCCAGUCUCGAUUGCGACCAACUCCGAAGUCCCAUCACCUAGGGUCCCUCAACUAUCUCAUGGUUGCGUACAGCAAUCAUAUAUCCGUCAAGAUGACAUUGUAACGACUGAUUCGGCUCGAGUAAAUAAUAACCUGAAGAAAAACACAUCUACUUUGCCAUUUUCCGUAACAGACUCACUGGCGGAGAAGACGAAACCCAAGCAGGAAAAGCAAACAGCAGGUGCCGACUGGUUCAAUCUCCCAAAAACCGAGUUGACGCCAGAACUCAAGCGAGACCUCCAGAUCCUUCGGAUGCGCUCAGUAUUAGACCCUAAGCGACAUUAUAAAAAGGAGAAUGGGAAAGUCCGACCACCCCAAUAUUCUCAAGUUGGAACUAUCAUCGAAGGCCCCGGCGAAUUUUUCAGUGGGCGCAUCACUAAGAAAGACCGGAAAAAGACCUUCGUCGAAGAAGUAUUAGCCUCUGAACGGGAAUCUCGCCGUUUCGAGUCGAAGUACCAAGGCAUUCAGGCUACUAAGCAAAGUGGCAAAGGACUAUAUUACAAAAACCUGCGAGCCAAACGGCAUACGAAGGGCAAGUGA